UUUAGUUUGGUUUAAUUUUUUAUCACACUGACUCUUUGAACACAAAGAAAAUAUGACAAUAAUUACUGUCCACUGACAAAACAGGCUAUUUAGUUUUCACCUCUUUUGAUAAAGAACUUGCAACAAAGGGACAUUUUACAGUGUAAAAACAAAGCGAACUUGUGUCUGUGUCUGUGAGCCCGGCUGUGAUGCUCUCACUGAUUAUUGGUGAAGCCAGAGGAGGAGGGAGGCGAUAAUCCGCGCACAGACGGAGCCGACGCGCUGGAGGUGCCGCUCGCAGCGGGCGUAGGGAGACCAUGGAGCCGGCGUCUCUGCGCGGGGUUUAAUCCCCAGGUGAAUCGCUCGUAGGACACUCAGAGUAGUCAUCUGCAUGCAGGUGGGGGCGUGCAAACACAAACCAGAGUUACCUUGCUUUCACCUUUGUCAGCGUGGUUUGUUUUUCUCGGAGACUGCGCACCUCACGGAGUGCUCCGCCUUGUGAUGCCGAGAGAGCAGCGUCGGGUCAUGGCCUGAUCCGAAUCCUCGUUUCGGAGAGUUUUCGUCAAGCACACUGCGUCUGGCAGAUUAAACAGCGGAGCAGUUCUGGAUUGCUUGCCCAUCAAAAGGAUUAUGAUUUUCUCAGACAUGAGUACGGGGACCAACUCCCCGAAGGUGCAUCCACCGAACGGGACGAGGUUUUACACAUUCCAGGAGUUUGCCGCGUUGACCAAGGAGCUGAAUGCCUGCAGGGAGCAGCUGCUGGAGAAGGAGGAGGAGAUCUCUGAGCUCAAAGCUGAGAGAAACAACACCAGGCUACUGCUGGAACAUCUGGAGUGCCUGGUGUCCAGACACGAGCGGUCACUUCGUAUGACAGUGGUCAAGCGGCAGGCUCAGUCUCCCUCAGGAGUCUCUAGUGAAGUUGAGGUCCUCAAAGCACUCAAAUCCUUGUUUGAACACCAUAAAGCCCUCGAUGAGAAGGUACGAGAAAGGCUCCGGGUGUCACUGGAGAGGGUGUCUGCCUUGGAGGAGGAGCUCACGGCAGCCAAUCAGGAGAUUGUGGCCUUACGGGAGCAGAAUGCUCACAUCCAUAGGAAAGUGGCAUCAGGAGAGGGAGGAGAGGACAUACUGGAGGGCAGUGAGGCUCAACAGAAGGUCCAUGGCAAGCGUCUGUCCAACGGGUCUCUGGAGUCGGCCCACGAAGCGAGCCAGGUGGUGGAGCUGCAGGACCUGCUGGAGAAGCAAAACUACGAACUGGCCCAGAUGAAGGAGCGCAUGUCCUCCCUCUCCUCCCGGGUGUCUGAGGUUGAGCAGGAGCUGGAGACUGCCCGCAAAGAUCUCAUCAAGUCCGAAGAGAUGAACAACAAGUACCAGAGAGACAUCAAAGAGGCCAUGUGUCAGAAGGAGGACAUGGAGGAACGGAUCGUCACGCUGGAGAAGCGCUAUCUGAGCGCCCAGCGAGAGUCCACCUCGGUGCACGACAUCAACGACAAGCUGGAGAACGAGCUGGCUAAUAAGGAGGCGUUCCUCAGACAGAUGGAGGAGAAGAACCGGCAGCUACAGGAGAGAUUGGAGCUCGCAGAGCAGAAGCUCCAGCAGACCAUGAGGAAGGCUGAGACGCUGCCGGAGGUAGAGGCCGAACUGGCUCAGAGGAUAGCAGCUCUCACCAAGGCGGAAGAACGUCAUGGGAGCAUUGAGGAGCGAAUGAGGCACUUGGAAUGCCAGCUGGAGGAGAAGAACCAGGAGCUGCUACGGGCUCGACAGAGAGAAAAGAUGAACGAAGAGCACAACAAGCGCCUUUCGGACACCGUGGACCGACUCCUCACAGAGUCCAACGAGCGUCUCCAGCUUCACCUGAAGGAGAGAAUGGCAGCUCUAGAAGAGAAGAAUCUGUUAAUCCAGGACUCGGAAGGUUACAGAAAACAAUACGAGGAGUCGCUCCAAGAAAAAUCGCAGUUGGCAGAGGAGAUUGAGAAACUGAGAUCGGAGCUCGAUCAGUUCAGACUGAGGGCAGGCUCCCUCACAGAACCCACGCUGUCGAGGUCUCAUCUGGACACAUCUGCUGAGCUUCGAUUCUCGCUGGGGUCUUUGGCUGAAACCCAGUCGGACCACUACCGCUCAGCCAAGGUCAUCCGCCGGCCGAGGAGAGGUCGAAUGGGUCUGCGUGAAACCAAGGCUAAGUCACUGGGGGAGCAUGAAUGGCGUGCACAGCAGCUGGGGGUUCUGGGAGGCCACCACUUCGAGAGCGACACAGAGAUGUCAGACAUCGAUGACGACGACAGGGAAACGUUGUUUAGCUCCAUGGACCUGCUCUCACCCAGCGGUCACUCCGAUGCACAGACUCUGGCCAUGAUGCUGCAGGAGCAACUGGACGCAAUCAACAAGGAGAUUCGGCUGAUACAGGAGGAGAAGGAGUCGACGGAGCUUCGGGCGGAGGAGAUUGAGAAUCGUGUGGCCAGUGUCAGCCUUGAGGGGCUCAACCUGGCCCGAAUGCACCACCAUGGAGCCUCCAUCACCGCCUCAGCCACCGCCUCAUCCCUGGCCUCCUCCUCGCCACCCAGUGGACACUCCACUCCCAAACUGGAUCCUCGAAGCCCCGCCCGUGACAUGGAGCGCAUGGGGGUCAUGACACUGCCCAGUGAUCUGAGGAAACACAGGAGGAAGAUAGCAGCGGUGGAAGAGGAUGGCCGCGAGGACAAGGCCACCAUCAAGUGUGAGACGUCCCCCCCUCCAACACCACGCACCGUCCGAAUGACACACACACUGCCAGCCUCCUCGCACAAUGACGCACGAGGGAUUGUGGCCUCUCUGGAGGCUGAGGCCAGCGCCCUGAGUAGUGUUGCCAGCAGCCAGGACUCCCUCCACAAGCAGCCAAAGAAGAAGGGCAUCAAAUCCUCCAUUGGACGGUUGUUUGGCAAGAAGGAGAAAGGCCGGCUAGCACACCUGGCACACAGACAGGUCAUGGUGGAUCCACAGGCAACCAUGAUGGACCCAGACAUGGCAGGGCAGGACAUGGGAGUGGGCAAACUGGGAACUCAGGCUGAGAAGGACCGCAGGUUGAAAAAGAACGGACAUGAGCUAUUGGAGGAGGCCAGGAGAAAGGGUUUACCUUUCGCCCAGUGGGAUGGCCCAACAGUUGUAGCCUGGCUUGAGCUGUGGCUGGGAAUGCCGGCCUGGUACGUGGCGGCGUGCCGUGCCAACGUGAAGAGUGGAGCCAUCAUGUCGGCCCUGUCUGACACUGAGAUCCAAAGGGAGAUUGGUAUCAGUAACCCUCUGCACCGGCUCAAACUUCGCCUGGCCAUCCAGGAAAUGGUCUCCCUCACCAGCCCUUCUGCCCCGCCCACCUCCAGAACCCCAUCAGGCAAUGUAUGGGUGACCCAUGAGGAGAUGGAGACCCUGGCAGCCCCCUCCAAAACGAAGUCAGAGUCUGAAGAGGGGAGCUGGGCACAGACUCUAGCUUAUGGCGACAUGAACCAUGAGUGGAUAGGGAACGAGUGGCUGCCCAGUCUAGGACUACCUCAGUACCGCAGCUACUUCAUGGAGUGCCUGGUGGAUGCCCGCAUGCUGGACCACCUCACCAAGAAGGAUCUGAGGGUGCACCUCAAAAUGGUGGACAGCUUCCACAGAACAAGUUUACAAUAUGGAAUCAUGGGUCUGAAGAAGCUCAACUACGACAGGAAGGAACUGGAGAGACGCAGGGAGCAAAGCCAGCAUGAAAUGAGAGAUGUUUUGGUGUGGAGCAAUGAGCGGGUCAUCCGCUGGGUGCAGAGCAUAGGCCUGAGGGACUACGCCAACAUCUUGCUGGAGAGUGGCGUGCACGGAGCUCUGGUCGCUCUGGAUGACAACUUUGAUUACAGCAGCUUGGCGCUGCUCCUCCAGAUCCCCACCCAAAACACUCAGGCACGUCAGAUUUUGGAACGAGAGUACAAUAACCUGCUGGCACUGGGCACCGACAGGAGACUGGAUGAGUGUGAUGACAAAGAUUUCCGAGGUCCAUCGUGGAGGAGGCAGUUCCCGCCCCGAGAUGUUCAUGGGAUCAGUAUGAUGCCUGGCUCUGCAGAGACGCUCCCUGCUGGUUUCCGUCUCACCACGUCGGGUCACUCCCGGAGGCUGCCUCCUGAGGUCCUCUAUGAGGCCCUGGAUGACACUCCUGACGACAUGUAUUUGGAUUGGUUUCAAGUCGGAGCGGUGCAGCGGCUGGACAGCUCCACGGUGAGAACCUACUCCUGCUGAGAGGAGGAAGAGAGGGACCUUAAACUGUACGCUGUUCUUUUCUGACAGGAGAUGAACUAGUUGAGCUGCUGGACGAGUAAACCUGCCGAAGAACAAACCAUUCUGACGACAUGCACUGCCAAGAAGCCCUGCUCUCCUCUUUGACCCCCCCCCUAAUGUAGGCACCACAUGCCAGUGUCACCAUUUCUACCUUUUACAUGUACAGUAACUUAAAGUAUAACAUACUGUGUAUUUCUUCUACAGGAGAUAUGUAGGUUACCUGUA